AUGACGGCAGACGAAAAGAGUGCUGUUGGUGGUGGACGCAAAAAGACCGUCAAGUCGGUCACCAAGUCGGCCAAGGCCGGCCUCCAGUUCCCGGUCGGACGUAUCGGCAGGUACCUCAAGAACGGCAGAUACGCCAAGCGUGUUGGUGCCGGCGCGCCAGUCUACUUGGCUGCCGUCCUCGAGUACCUGUGCGCUGAAAUCUUGGAGCUUGCGGGGAACGCCGCUCGUGACAACAAGAAAUCCCGUAUCAUCCCCCGCCACAUCCAGCUGGCCAUCAGGAACGACGAGGAGCUUUCUAAGUUCUUGGCUGGUAUCACCAUCGCCUCUGGUGGUGUGAUGCCUAACGUGCAAGCUGUGCUUCUCCCCAAGAAGAAGGACGGCGAGCCUGUUCAAUCCGGCAUGGACGAGGAGGAACACCACGACGAUUAA